UAUGAGUGCACUUGCAGGAGCAAUACUCGCAUACAACAAAGCUGAUAUGGACCAACUCAUAAAAGCAGUGAGGAAUGGAAACCAGGAGAUGUUUUCAAAAUACAGUGAUAUGGAUAUGAUUACCUAUGUAAAACCACAUCAACGGAAAUCCUAUGUCCGUCGUAUAACGCGUGGUGUAGAGGAGAGUGUAUGUUCCAUCGAAGCAAUUCUCAAACAAUUCAAAGGACCAGCGGGUCUUGAUGUAGAUGGUAUUCCGCUAUUCAAGUCUUCCGAAGCUGUGGAUGCAUACUGGAAAAAGACCAGCAAGCAUAUUAGCUGUAUGCAGGAUCCACCUGGCAUUCCUCUAUAUGUUGUUACCAAGGUGGUGCAUUUAAAUGGUGUUCAGCUGAACAAAUACAGGAUCAGAAGAGGAAGCAACUCCUUAGAAGGACUGCAUGCUCACUUAGUCAAAGCCAUUCCAUCACAACGCUGUGGUAUCAUGCCGUUUCAGGUUUACCUCAUAUCAUUUACAAUGCAGUGGAAUUGCAGAAUGGAGUCCCUGAAAGUUGCUGGAGGACAAGGAAGACACACCCUGUGCAUAGAUGCUCGUCAAAUUCAGCGACUGAAUCAUCAAGCAAAUGUUUUGUUCGGAAAAGAACACCUUCUUGAGCCAAACUUUGCAGCACCAAUGCCUUACCCAGCAAGAUAUGAUGACCCAGCAGAGAAAGAACUACUUGGAGUGGAAUAUGCGUACUGUCAGUCAUCUGACUUUAAGGCCAAAGACUACUAUAUCAAAAAAGGUAUGUAA